AUGUUCCCCGCGCCCCCAGGCACGGCCGCUGCCGCCGCCGCGCCUUCCGCGCCCCGCUUCGCCGCCGCCGCGGCGCCCGGCGGCCCCAUGUCCGCGGGCGGCGAGAUGGGCUGCGCCUCGGCCGCGUUUUCCGCGCUCGACGCCCUCGCUUACGGCGGCGGCGCGGCCGCGGCGGCGGUGGCGGCGCGCUGGCCGGACCUGUGGGGCCCUUCCAUCGGCCACAUUCCAGCAGCGGCGGCUGCGGUGAAGAACGCCGAGCAGGCUCAGCCCGUUUCGGCCCCGGUGGACCUGGCUGUGUGCUUGCCGCCUCACGCACCCUACCAGGUGCCGCCCGCCCACGACCCCUUCUUUGUCGGGGCCUUCGACCUGCACAGGAUGGCCGGCGGCCGCGGCGCCGCAGCCGCCGCCCCCGCUGCCUGCAUGCCGCUCACCCCCGCAAUCACCGCCGGCCGGCCCGCCGGCGGCGCGCUGGCGGCGCCCGUGGCAGCGCCCUCUUUCUCUCCCAGCGUCACCGCGGGGCGCGCCCCGGACGCCUGCGGCGCGGCAGCGGCGGCCGCUGCACCGCGCGAGCGGCUGGCAUUCCAGCAAGCCGCAGAGGAGCAGGCGCAGCUGCGGCGCCAGCUAGCGUUCCUGCAGCAGCAGGAGCUGCUUCAGCAGCAGCAGCUGCGGCGGCAGCUUGCGCUGCAGGCGCAGCAGCACGAGCUGCUGCGCCAGCAGCAGCAGCAGCAGCAGCAGCAGCAGCAGCAGCAGCAGCAGCAGCAGCAGCAGCAGCAGCAGCAGCAGCAGCAGCAACAGCGGAUGCGGCUGCAGCUGCAGCUGCAGCUGCAGCUGCAGAUGCAGCAGGAACAGCAGCAGCAGAUGCAGAUGCAGCAGGAGCAGCAGCAGCAGCAGCAGCAGCAGCAGAUGCAGAUGCAGGAGCUGGCCGCGGCCACGGCUACGCCAGUGAGGCUCACGCUGCCGCUCAGCCAGCAGGGCGCCGAGUUGCUGCUGGCUCAUGCCUCCACGAUCCAGCUGCUGACCGGGGCCUCGCUGGCCGUCCAGGCGGCGGGCGCGCUGGACGCGGCGGGCGCGCCGCAGCAGCUGUGGGCGGUGGUGGUCGGGCCGGAGGAGGCUCUGCGCUCUGCGGGCGCGCUGCUGGCGCGCCUGCUUGGGGACGGCGCCGCCGCGGGCCUGUGA